AAUUAUGAAGUUAUGCCCCGAUUGGUGGAUUAUGUAUUACUUGUGGGAUAUGACUUCGGAAAGUCAGUUGGCAAUGAAAGUGAAGGACAGAUCUUACAGAGAUUUCCUACAAAGUGUUGGGACGACUACCCUUACAAUUUCAAAAUUGAAACAUUUUGUCAGCCAUGUGGUUGGUAUCUUAGUCGAAGUAAACCACCACCAACAUUCUUUGUCGCCUGUUUGACAGAUUUUAAUGGAGAUCCUUAUUUUGCGGCAUGUCUCACUUUUCAUGAAGCUGUAUCUCCUGGCCAAUUGAUAGAUUUGAAAAUCCACCAUCACACUCUUCACAGUAGAGUUAGACGUACAGGAAAUGGAUUUAGUAAUUAUCCUCAAAAUGGAACCGUCCUUCGUGGUUCAUUUAUUGUAAAUAAAAGUAAAACUUUCCUCUCUACUUCAAAUUCUGUUUCUAAUGGUGAAAACUAUCCACUUGGUUCUUUAAUUCAUUUAACAAACGUGGAUAGUAAUAAUAUAUCACCUGUCAAUUCACCAACUGGGUUUCAAGAUUACUCUGGUCUCAAGUCAACUUAUAAUAAUACUGGUGAUCCAAAUUUAGUACGUCCACCGGAAUUUUAUGCACCGAAAUGUCUGGUGUUCCUUGCUCGUCAUCAGCAUUUUGAUGUAUUGAAAAACAGUCUCAGCUUAUUGUACACAGUGUUCGCUGAUUCAUUACGUCAAUAUUCAAUUGAACAAAUGAUUGCAACUUUAUUGGGUGUCAUAGAUGUUCCACCAAUAGGCGGUCCAAGAAUCACAUUCAGUUUAGGAAUUGGUGAUCGACAGACAAUUCAACCUGCUCAUUGUAGUACUAUACCUGUUACACGUAAUUGUGUAGCCUUAUUAUUUAAACAAUUAGGAAUACAUAAUGUCAUAUUGUUAUUCACUGCAAUUUUAAGUGAUCAAAAAGUGUUAGUUUGUUCACGUAGUCUAAAUCGAUUAACAGAGGCAUGUCAUGCAUUGACUUCCAUAUUAUAUCCUUUAAAAUAUGGUCAUACAUACGUUCCAAUCCUUCCUAAAUCACUGAUUGAAUUUGUAAAUGCACCAACUCCAUUUCUGUAUGGAAUUCAUUCUGGUUAUCAGCAUUUACUACCAGAUAUGGUUGACGUUUUUGUUGCGGAUCUUGAUGGAGGAAGCGUUGUAUGUCCGGAAAAUACUCCCGUCCCUCAACUACCCGAUCCAUAUUUCACUGAAGUUGUGGAAAGUUUAUUCCAUAUUUUAAGUCCAGACUUGAUGACAGCGGAUUAUAUCUAUCCACUUGCUACAUCGAAUCAAUCAGAUGAUUUAAUUUCAUUGGAUAAAAAAUUACGAGCUGUAUUCCUUCGUUUGUUUGCAUCUUUAUUCGCUGGUUAUCGGUCGUGUUUAACAAUCACUCGUAUUCAUCCUCAACCGGUGAUACAUUUCAAUCGAACAUUAUACUUACUUCUACGUGGAAAUAAUGCACAUAAUGAAUUCUAUGAUCGUUUAUUAUCCAGUAUGCGUUUUCAUCAAUUCAUAUUAGAACGUGGUCCACCAUUUCGUGUAUGUGAUUUAUUUGAUGAAGAAUAUGAAUUUCAUGUGGACAAUCAUUCAUACUUUGAUAAUAAUACUAAGAACAGUACAUUGAACAGUGCAGAUUGUGAAUAUGAUAUGAAUGGUGAUAUUAAUCAAGUAUUAAUAAUGGAUAGAAGUACAACUGAUUUCAGUUUAAUUGAACGAUUAAGCACUAAACUACUUGAUAAUGAAUAUGGUGAUCAACCGUCUACACAGAUUCUUCCAAAUGAGGCUGUUGAAGCUCACAAACGUAUACAUCAAACACCAUUUCCUGUUUUAGAUGCUCGAUUAAUCGACGAACUUGUUGCUCAGUAUUCACAAAAAAAAACUAAGAAUGUUGUUUAUCAUAAACCGGAACCACGUUUUGUACCACAAGGCCAACUAUUGGAUAGACAAAUAUUCAAAGCAGAAAUGUUUCCUGAUAAAUAUCGUGUAAUACAUGAAUUUAUUGAUGAUAUUUUCAAUCAACAUAUUACGGAAGCAUUAAAAAGGCGGAAUACAAUUCGUCAAGAUUUAAAAUCUAGGCCAAUGAGACGUUUAUUUGUUGAUGAACUACGUUCAUAUAUCAAUCCAGAGACAUCUGUAUUACCAACAAUAUCUAUCAAUAAUUUAAUUGAGAAAGUGACAAUCGAUCGAAGUGAAUAUGAAAAACGAGCUGUAUUAACAUGGGAACAAUUUGAAUUGAUUGUUGACUUGUUAGAUGAAGCAUUAAGACAGGAGACCCAAUCAAAAGACAGUGGAAUUACACCAAUUAUAAUGGAUUUAAGCACAAGGCUUUGUACAGAAUUAGAAGAUGUUCGUUAUUACGCAAAUAUGAGUCAUCAAAUUCAACGUCAUGAAAUCUGGCGUAAUAUGCCAUUUUGGGAGAGUGUUUUCAAUGAACAAGUGAAUAAUCAAAUUCGUUUAUUGUAUAUUGAUUUUUUUGAAGAAGAACAAAAAUCACAUAAACAACAACAUCAACAAGAUAAUCAACAUUCAGCAAUGAAUUUGUCCAAUGGAGGAUAUACAUGGAGGUCACCAUCACCGACAUCCUCCUCUUCAUCAUCAUCAUUGUCUGAUAGUAGUAGAAAACAGUUAAAAAAUUCAUCUGGAAAAAAUGAAAAAUCAUCAUCUGUCAUCAUUGUUGGAUUAAAUAAUAAUAAUAAUAAUCAUAAAUCUAAUAUUACAUUUCAACAACAAAAUUACACACCAAAUAUGUCUGCAUUAGAAAUAGCUGCUGAAGAAAUGCGAAUUGGUUAUGCACGUCCAAAAGACGUACAACAAACACUUGAAACACGUGAAGAAAGCACUGUCUAUUCUCAAAUUAUACAUUUUAUUAAUCUGAUUAUUAAUUUUCGUAUACCAGUUCAUAUUGGUGCAGCUGUAGCUGAUAUCUACGGUCAAGAAACUGAAAUCAAUACUAAUCACAAUAAUCAUAAUCAUCAUCAUCAUAAUAAUAAUAAUAGUAAUAAUAAUAGAUUAUUCAAUGAUAAUACUGAAGUAAAUGUUAUCUUUUCAAAAAAUUCUGAUUAUUAUCCUUCUCAUAAUACUACUACUUCUGCCGCCAAUGAUCAACAUUAUCGACAACAUUAUACUAGCAGUACUAAUUCAUUAAAUGAUAUGCCAAUAACUAGUGACACUAAUCAUGCUCUCAAGAAUAUCUCACAAACUGAAGGAUAUACUAAAAACACUGGUCGGUCGACAGUUGUUGACAAUUAUUCCAACAAUUUAUCAACAACAAGUGUAGUUUACAGUCGGUACAAUAAUCAAAAUUUUGAAAAAUUAAAUACAGCCACACUGUUAAAUCAUAUCAAUGCUUUAGAAAAUUGGUUAUUGAAAUUUGUGAAAGUUGUUGGCGAUGAGAAUAAUCUAUUACGCAAGCGAAUUACUGAAAUUGAAGGCAAAAUUAAAGCUAUCAUAGAAAGUCAUUUGAUUAAUCUACAAGCUAUUUAUCCUAAAGUACAAAAUAUUCCACAUAUGAAAAAGCCUGAAAUUGCUAAUCCAAUUCUAUUACCUGGUGAAAUAGCUAUUCCAAUUGGUGGUUAUGAUUGUUUAUCCUGUCAUCUAUUGCCAGAUGGACGUUGUGAACGUAAUGAUUAUCAAUUAUUAGAUCCAUUCAAUAGUAAUAUUCAUGAUGUAAACGGUCUAAGUGGAGGUCAUAUGAAUGAUCACAAUGACAAUAAUAAUCACCAUCAAGAUUCAUUGAUGAAUAUGGAAUCAAGUGAUCUAGACGUGGAUCUAAUGCUUAGACCAUUGUUACCUGCUCAAGGAGCAUUAUUUGUUACUAAUUAUCGUAUAAUAUUUACUGGUGUACCGAAAGAUCCAUUUCAAUCUAAUAAAGUCAUCAAUCGAAGUUUUCCUAUAUCUGCAUUGAAUACUAUCAAAAAGCUUGGUUGUAUUCAAAUAGUCACUGCUUUUCAAUCAUCAUCUUCAACAAAUCCUAAUCCUGUAGCAACAAUCACAUCUGGUUUUCGUUCUGCCACAUUAUUUGUUGGUAAAAAAUCUAAAUCACAUACAAUGCAGUAUAAAAAUGCUGCUUCAUCAAAAUAUUUCUCUCCAUCAUUACGUCCAAUGUAUUCAACUACUACUUCAAAUAGUCGUGGUGUUAUUUAUCGUACUGAAAAUUUAGAUGUUCUAUUAUUACGUGCAUUAACAUUUCAAAUGCUUAAAAUUGGUUUUGAUGUCGGUGAAAUACAACCGGAAACAAGAGAUGAACUACGCAGUCUACUAGAAGAAUUACGCUAUCCAUCAAUGAUGUGCAUGGGAUUUAAUUCAGCUCCAUUGGGAUUACUUUUCUCACGUUCUACAACUACAAUUGGUAGGAGUACUAUGCUUAUAGAUCCACAUUAUAAUAAUAAUAAUAACAAAGACUAUAUAUCACCAAAUAUGGUUCGUAUGAAGCAUAUAAAAGGUAAAAUGUAUCGAAGCAACAAUGUAUCAACAAAUGGAAAUUAUGCUUCAAUGAUGAAUAAGGAUCGCAGACGUACACAAAAUAAUCAGCAAUUAGUUAAUACAGACAAUAAAACUCCAAUGUAUCAAUCAUCAUCUCGUUCGCCUAAGAGCAAUCAUUAUAAUCAAUUAAAUUAUAUGCGAUCUACAUCUUUUCCAAAUUCUAUUUAUUCUGAAGAAGCAGCUGCCAAUUUAGCUUCUGCAUUGAAAACUUUUCUAGUACCUCCAUCUAUAUCUGCAUCAUCAACCGCAUCCACAGUAGUUGAUCCAAAUUUUAUAAAACUGUUAACUCAAUCUUCAGGCUAUUUAGAUAUGGCACGUUUUGGUAGUAGUUUCAAUCUUGCAACCACUACGGGUACUACAUUGUUGACCGUACCAACAACAUCAACACAGUCAACUAAUCUUCAAGUAACAUUAAAUGAAAGCAGUACCGGUUCUUUGUAUCAUUCUUCUUCUACCGUUUCCGGAACUGGUGGGGAUGUCGCUAGUCGAGUACAUUGUGCUGCUCGUCUUGUUGCGUUCAAUGUUCAUCAUAGUUUGGUUAAAUCUUAUCCAAGCGUUUUUAUCAUACCACAGGGUAUCACACAGAAUUGUUUAACUAAAGUAGCUCGUUCACAUAAACGUGGUCGUUUUCCUGUGGUCACAUGGCAACAUCCUGAAACUAAAGCAUAUCUAUUACGUGGAAGUGAAAUACAAUCCAAUGUAAUUUUGAAUACUUUGAAGAAUAUUAAAGUUUCAUCUAAAAAUAACACUGAAAAUUAUGACGAUAAUGCUGAUUCUACAUUGACUCAUGCAACUGUCUCUAAAGAACAUAUACGUUACAUUCGUGCACUGAUCGAUAUGUCUUUAUCAGCUAUUAAUGGUAGUCGACCAAAUAGUGUUAUCACAUCAGAGACUGGUUAUUCAGCAAUAGAUGAUUUGUCAGAUUCAUCACAAUUACCUAUUGUUACAGAUUCUACCACAAUUGCUUCUUCAACAAAUCAACUAUCAAAAGAACCUCUUAGUCCAGCUAUUCCAUAUACAACGAAUAAUAAAACAAAAUUUCGUGAUGCUUUAGGAAGAAUUGGUAAAUUAGCUGCACGUCGUCAUCGUUUACCACGUUCCGGUGUUUCACCAAUGGGCAGUGUAUCAUCUGGAUUAGGUGAAGAUUUACUUGGUGCGGAUAGUGCAUCACAAACCACACAUCUUCAUCCACAUGAUUCAAGUUAUCCUGGUGUUGUAGUCAGUCCUGGUAGUUGUAGUAGUGGUUUAUCAAGUUCACAUAAACCAAUUUGUUUAUAUGUUCUGUGCGAAAAACAAAUGACGAAGAUGUCAAAAAUAUUUAAUUCAUCAUCUGUUCUCUUAUUACCAAUCGACUAUCCUACAGUAUCCACAGUGACUAAAUCAUUUAAAGGAUUUUUCAAAGCAUGCCUACCGAAUGAUUCGAAUCGAUCGAAAACAGCAACGAAACUUUUAUCUGCAGCAGCAUCUACAGCUGCUGGUGCUUCAUUAAAUCAUAAUAAUACUAACAGUACUACUACUACUAAUUCUACUACUCAUACUAUUGCUGCUACUACUGCUUCUAAUAGUAGUAAUAAUAAUAAUAAUAUUAAUCCUCAACACAAUGAUCAUAGUCAUGAAAAUAAUGCAAGUGAAUACAUGGAAAGCGAUCAUACUGCAACAUCGAAUAUAACAAACAAUAGUAAAUUUAUGAAUGUUUACAUUGAAGCUCAUGAGAAUGGUUGGUUUAUCCAUUUGAAAUCAUUGUUAGAAUUAGCUGGCACAGUAGUGAAUUUGUUAGAUUUACAAGGUGCUAGUGUAGCAUUAUGUUUAGAAAAUGGCAGUGAUGUUGUGACACAAACGGUAUCACUUGUGCAAAUUAUGCUUGAUCCAUAUUAUCGUACAAUAGCUGGUUUUUGGAGUUUAAUUGAUAAAGAAUGGUUAAUAUUUGGGCAUACAUUCAAUCAGAAUUCAAAUCAAACAUUAUCAACUAAAUCGAAUAAUUUUUCACCAAUAUUUUUACAAUUCUUAGAUGCUGUACAUCAAUUGUUGAGACAAUUUCCUUUAGCAUUUGAAUUCAAUGAUUAUUAUUUACAAUUUUUAGCUUAUCAUCAUUUAUCAAAUCGUUUUCAUAAUUUUAAAUAUGAUUCUGAAUUAGAACGAUUCACUGUAUGGUUUCCUGAUUUAAUAGAAAGUUUAACUAAUAACUUGAAAUUUGGCACAAGUAUUAAAUCAAACAUAGAUGAACAUGUUUUAGAAACAUAUCAUUCACGAUCUAUAUGGCCAUUUAUUCAACAUCAACAUUAUGAAUGGCCUAUAUUUUUCAAUUUUCGUUAUUCACGUACAUUUGGUGAAAAGGUUCUUAGACCAGCGACGAAUUUAGCUUCAUUUGAUUUAUGGAAAUUUUAUUUAACUGAAGAUUUAGCCACGGGUUCAAUUUAUGAUUUAGAUCAUUUCUCACCUAGUUAUCGCAAGCAUACUAAUCGUCCAUAUGAACCAGUUCUACGACAAGGAUUUAAUAAUAGUCAUAUAGAACAAACAUAUGCUGUGUUAGGAUUACGUGAAGGUGAAGAAGCUGUUGGUUGGCAAGAAACAUGGGAACAAGCACAGUCUGAAUUGCUUAACUUUUAUUCAUCAUCUACUCCACCUAAACAUUUGACAACACGAUAUGAUAAAUCAACUGCCAAUAUCCAAUCAACUUCGAAUAUACCAGGAACAAUUGUAGAUACUUCUACUUCUACUGCCACUACUACUAUUAUUACGAGUAAUAGUAGUAGCAAUAGUGGUAACAAUAGUAAUAAUAUUACUAAUAGCAAUACAAACACUCAUGUUCAACCAGUACUUAAGUACAGUCAUUUACUACCACAUUUUACACCAUAUAGAGAAAGUAGUGAACCAAUUGAGAGUUUAUCACAUCAGAAAUUAGUCACAUCGGAUUAUGCAACAUCUAGACGACGUGUUCGAUCGUCUAGUGGUUUGUUAGAUACAAAUCAAACAAAUAGUGUAUUCCUGUCAUCAUUCGAUAAUGCUACAUUGUCAUCAACAAGUUAUCCACCAACUAAUGAAUUAACUCAAACAUUGACUCCACAAGCACAAAGUAAUGCUAGUAUUGAUUUGCAUAGUACAUUUGUCAGCUGUUCAGAAAUAAUUCCUACAAAUUCACAACAUUCUAAUGAUACAACUCAAUCAUCACAUGUUAUUAUUGUAAAAGAUUCUUCUAUGAAAGAGAAUGUGAUGAGUCAAGUUAAUGGUGACAUGAAUUCAUCUUCAACAACUAAAACAGUACGAACAAUAAAAGUUUCUAAUAAUUUGAAAACUAAAGAGAUAUUCAAAUCCAACGACAGUCGAACAACAACAACAACAACAAAUGGAAAUGAAACAAAACAUUCAAUUAUUUCUACUAAUACCACUGAUAAUACUACUAAUAAUACUAAUAAUAAUAAUCCCAGUAUUAUAGAUACAACGUAUAAUGGAACGAACAUACCAAUAUCGGAACAAAUUUCCGAAGAUGAAGCAUUUCAUGAAGAUAAUGAUUAUAUUUAUGGUGAUCGAUAUGAUUCAAUUGGUGAAUCGUCAGUGGAUGAUUAUGAUUUCACUCGUCAAGCUAUACUAGAAUACAAUCAAACAACUACUUUGAAACGUUUAACUCGUCGUACUGGAUAUGCAAUUGGUGUCGGCGGUAGUAGUAGUAGUAGUGUUGGUGUUGGAAGCAAUGCAAGACUAUCAUUGACCGGUCAAAAUCAUCGUCAAUUCAUACAUGCUUAUACAUUAUUGAAUAAUGAUUUAAGUGCAGCAUAUCAAGAUUCAACAAUUGAAUGUGAAUCAGAUAGUGUAAAUAGCCUGUCUGGUGUUGCGAGUAAUUUUGGCGCUACCAUUUUACAUGAUACAGUUAAACUUGGUGAUAUUGAUGACACCAGUGCUCCUGUACAACAACAAGAUGAACUUCAAUAUCAUCCGCAUAGAUUCACUUCAUUUCGUUUAACUGACAAUACUAAUUUACAAUGUGAAUUAUGCCAGAAAAUUUAUCAAUCAUCAGAUGAUAUUGUUAAAUGUGUUAAAUGUGAUCUACUAUGUCAUGCAACAUGUUCAUCAUCCACAGAUUCGAAAUGCUUUUCACCAUCUCUCAGGAAUGCAUCUCAUCAAAUUAAUAAAACAGGCAAUUUACUCAUAAGACAUAAUUCUGCAUAUUUUCCAAAUGAAAUAGACAAUGAAAAAUUCAAACAGUCUAACGAUGAAGACAAGUCUUCUAUGUCUUUCGGUGUAACUAGUACUGGUGGUGGUGGUAGCCUGUUCAGUUCAACUUUACCAUGGCGAGCUGAUCGAGAUCAAUCAUUCAGAUCUUCUAUAGUUUUCAUACAUGAUAAACGUGGAAAACGUAAACUAAGUGAAAGUUCUUCAUCUUUAGCACAUACCAACACAAUGUCUGAUUAUCAAUCACAAACUGGUCGAAAUUCAUCUGGUGGUACGGAUUAUCAUUUACCGAAACAUUUAGCUACAGCAUCAUAUUUUGGUUAUUUAUACAAACUAGGUCAUCGGAAAUUUUUACAACAAUGGAAACAACGUCUAUUCGCUUUAGAUACAAAUAGACAUCAAUUGAAAUAUUAUGAAAGUUAUGCGAAUGCUUCACCACGUGGUUGUAUUGAUUUACAAGAUGUUCGAACAGUGAGAAUGAUUAAAAAUUUUGCAUUUCAACGUAAAUCACCUGCAUUCGUUGUAUUUGAACUUGAAACUAAUAAUCGAACAUACAAACUUGGCGCUAUCAAUCAAGAAAGUGCUAAUCAAUGGAUUGAACGGAUACAAACAACUAUUCAAUAAGUGGAAUAUUACUCAUUGUGAUUUACAUUGUUUAGGCAAAUACAGAUUUCCAUUUUUCUUUUUUCUUCUUUUGUUUUGUUUUUACAAUUGAAACCCCCUACUCUUAACAACAACAAUCAACACACGUACACUGAGAGAUGAAAUCACUUAUUGCAUUAUUAUCAUACUUAUUAUAACACACUGUUAUUAUUAUUAUUAUUAUUUGUGCUUUCGACUAUAAUGUACAGAUUUCAUAUAUAUAUAUAUAUAUAUAUAUAUAUAUAUAUAUAUAUAAUAUUAGUGCUCUAUCAUUUAAUUUUCACAAUAAUCCGAUCUUGUUGUUUUAUAAAUCACAGAAAAUUAAAAAAACAAACAGAAAAUAAGUAUUGUAUGCUCAAAUUGAAUCAUAUUUAUAUUCAUCUGCUUCAUAAUUUUAAUUUUCACCCCCCCCCAACCCCCACACCCCGCUUUAUAUCAUUCUCAUGUCCAAAUUGUCUUUAGGCUUAUAUGCUAUUAACUAUUUUACAAAAUGAAGUGUACAAUGAUGCGCCAAAACCAUUCGGUACAAAAAACACAAUUGUUUACAUCAAACUACAAUUCUCUAUUACACUUCUUCUUUUUCCUUAAUUUCCCUUCUCUAUGUGUUAUAUCAUUUCAUUGUAGUGCUGUUGAUGAUCAAUCACAUUGACUAAUUUAUAUUCUUCUGUUGUUCAAUUGAAACAAAAGAAAAACAAAAUCAAGGCUUGUUUCGGCCGCACAAAUAUCGCAUAAUUGUAUAAUAAUAAUAAUAAUAAUUUAAUCAAGAUAUAUAUACAUAUAUACAUAUAUAUAUAUAUAUCACUUUAUUGUUCUAUUAUUAUUAUUAUUACAUCAACAUCAUCGUAUAAUUUUGACUAUUUGAUAAAAAUUGUUUCAACAUCUAGCACACUGUUCAUAUGCGUAGUUUGUGUUGUGUGUGUGUGUAUGUGUGAGAGAGAGAGGAUACUUUUUAUUCACUGAUGUGUGUUAUUGUAAAAAUUAACAAUAACUUUGCUUUGUUUGUUUUUGGUUUUUUUUUGUUCUCUUAUACAAAAUCUCACCAUGACCAAAAUUGAAAUUUGGUUAUUCAACCAAUUGUACUUUACUUUUAUCAAUCUAUCUGCAUUCAAGAUGAAAUUGAAUAUUGAUAAUCACUGUAUUGGAUGGAUGUGUGUAUUGAAUUUCAGUUAAUUUUAUUGUACAGUUUUUUUUUUAUUCAUUAAUAUUCAUUCACACGAUGAUGAUAAUGAUGAUGAUGAUGAUUGAUCAGCUAGCAAAUAUACAUGCAAUUUCAA